AUGACUACUAAUAAUAAUGAACUGCCGGUGUCUAAUGAAAACGAUAAAAUAAGUAUAAAAGAUUUGACUAAUUGUGAAGACAUUAGUCAAAUAGAUUUGGAUAAGUUAGAGCUGUUAAGGGGUGAUACACCCGAUGACAUCAAAGAUCAAUGUCUUAAACUAUGUCAACAAUAUUUGGCCGGCAAUUGGUUGCAACAGACCGUCGAUACUAUUAAAAUAGAGAGAGUGUCGGGCGGUAUGACUAACCAACUAUACUAUUGUGGAAUUGUUGACAAAUCUGAUGAUAAACAAGAAGUUCCACAACAAGUGGCGGUUAGACUGUAUGGACCAAAAUAUUUCAAUAAUAAAGACUGUGACGGAAAUGAAAGACUCACUGAUGUAGUCAUAGCACUGAUGGUCUCACAAAACAAAUUGGGUCCUAAAAUAUACGGUAUCUUUGAUUGCGGACAAAUACAGGCGUUUUAUAAGCACCGAUCGUUCAAAAUUAAUGAACAAAAAGAUCCAAAACUGGUGACAGAAUUGUUUGAGAAGUUAGCUCGAGUUCACGCCAUGGAUGUGCCCAUCAAGAAGACUCAUUGGUCUCUGAAAGAAGUGGAAAGAUUUUACGAUAAUUUUACCAAAAAGACUGAUUUAGUCGAUUUGAUUAAUAAAAUUGAUAUUUUUAAUAAACAUAAUUUGAAAGAAGAAAUUAAUUGGAUUAAAGUUUUGAUUGAAAAGACAAACAGUCCGCUAGUGUUUACACACAACGACUUCCGAAGCAAUAAUAUAAUGGUUUUGGAGGACAAUAAUUGCCAGUCCGGGGAACAGAUUGUUUUGUGUGACUUUGAAUACUCCAGUUAUGGCUAUCGGGGACAGGAUUUCGGUCUUAUUAUGUCUGAAUGGGACCGUAAUCUGAAUGAUAUGAAGAAACCGAUGACUUUUCCCAAUGACUCUAUUCUGCGGUCAAUAUUUGAUAUCUAUAUCAAAGAAACGGAAAGAUUGUUUGGCAAAGAGUAUUGCGAAGCAAAACGAGUUACAAUUGAUGUGAUCAUCAAAGAGGCAAAAGUUUUUACAUUAUAUAUGCAAUUAUUUUCGACAGUUUUUAUUUUAGGUAAUGAUUCACAAAUGGAUGAUAUUUUCAUGAAUCACAACACUAUAGCGGGGUUUGGUAUCUAG